UUAAACAUAAUAUAAGAGUAAAAAUUCAAGUUUCAAUUUACAUCUCUUGCUCAUCGAAUUUGAUUGGAUUUCAAUCUUUUAAAUAAUCUACGAUCAUGGCAACUAUCGAACAAAUAGAAAAUUUUAGAUAUAUUAGAGGUAGAAAUAUCGUGUCAGUCUGUGUAUGUGAAAAACGUCAAGCGUGGACAGACUAUUAUGGAGGUCCUGCCUGCAAAAAUUGCAUAGAGUUUUUUAUAAGCAGUAUUAGAGAGAGACAAGAUUACGUUUGUGAUAAUAUGAAUGGUUUAUGUAAUACGGACGUGGAUCCACAUGGAUUUGGAUGUAGAUAUUGUCAUUUAGAAAUGUUGUAUAAAAGGGCUGAAUUAAAACCUAAAAUGUAUGGAAGGUACGAAGAUCGAUGGUAUACGAAAGAUGUGAUUCCUCAUUUACGUAGAACAGUAGUAAGCGCGAGUGAUCUUACGUUGAAUGAUAUUAAUUAUGAAGCGAAAAUAAUGCGUGAUUUCGCAUCAUAUUAUUCAAGAGGGUUGCAAGGAAUAGAACUAACAAGAUUUGAAGAAAUUAGGUUAAUGUUCUUCAGAGUUACAGUGAUGGAAAUGAUUCUUAAAUCCUUACAUUGUCACGACGUCUUGAAGAGUGAUUAUAGGUUCAUUGAUCCCUAUAAAAUGAAAGGUUUACGCUUUCAAAAUUAUCUAAUUGAAGUACUAGAAACUACUCGUAGAUUUUUAGAAAUUGUUGAAGUUUACUAUCCAACUCGGGAACAAAUCGAUAAUUAUGUUUUUAUGAUUUAAUUCUGGGCCAGAACGUGAUUGAAAAAUUACUGAAGAGUUUGUCAAACAGAUUCGAUUCCGGUUUCUCAGAACGAUAGGCUACCGUUUUCACCAUCCAUCGAUCUUCGAUGGUAAAUUAAAAAGGGUCCUUCCACUGCCCUCAGAGCGAAAACAUGACUACAGACCGAAAAUUAUAAAAUAUAUGUAUAUAUAUUUUAAUAUCAAGAAUCUAUAAUCAAUUUCUGAUUUUUAUGGUCAUACAUUUUUGUGCUCCAAUAAAAUUAUCGAUUAUACAAAUAAAUAUGUAUGUACUGUAUUUGUAUAUUGUGAGGAUUCAGACCAGUUCCGAA